CAUAACGUACCGGUACGUCGCCAAACGAGCACGAUACUCGUACCCUCAAGCGGAUUUCGGAAGGUGAACAACUAGGCAACUGUUUCCUACCGGUAUGGUACCAUUUUUGUUCCCAAGAAAGAAGAAAGACAAUUUGCAAUGAUGAAGUCGUUGCAAGCCACGCUUUAUCGCCUUCUUUUGAUUGGGGUAGGAUGUUUGUGGACUUGCRAUGCAGAUGAGAAGUCGCAUUCACGUAUGCGUCAAAACGUAAGGAGGCGUACUAGAUUUAUAAUCGCGAAUGGCAUUCCAAUCAGCAGUCACCUACCCGAAGAAGAACCAAUAGGGAGAAUCGAAGAAGACGACACAUAUAUAGACUACGGUGAGAUAUUUUCGAUGCCAGAUACUCCCGAUUCAAAACCGAAACCCAAGCCGAAGCCGAAACCACAGCCGAAACCAAAGCCGAAGCCGAAACCACAGCCGAAACCACAGCCGAAACCAAAGCCGAAGCCAAAGCCAAAGCCCAAACCUUCAAACUCGCCUGCCACACCUCCUACUAGGGAGGAUCGUAGUAUGUUAAUUCAAUCAAAAUGUGGUAUUACUAGCAUCGAACGAUCCAGGGAUAUUUUAACUGAGCUUCUCAUGGUAUCUGACGAUUCAAACCUCGUCAAUCCUGCAACCAGCCAAUACAGGGCGCGUAAUUGGUUGGACAACGUCGAUCCCGCCAUUGUCUGCCCUGACAAUACCGAUCGAAUUCUUCAGAGAUACAAACUAGCUCUGCUGUACUAUGAACUCGGGGGAAGCGAAUGGACAAGUUGCAGAGCCGAAGAAGACAUCGCCAAUUCUGAAGAGGAGGAGGAAUGUCCAGGAAAACCAUUUUUGAGUGAGUACAAUGAAUGUGAAUGGGGCGGAAUGUUUUGUGGCGGAAAUUACGAUAGCGUCACGGCAGAAUGGCUGGAUGCAUUCUAUCCAUUAGAGUUGAUGAAUCUUCAAUCCAACAAUCUCAAGGGUGAAUUAUAUGACGAGUUCUACGAAUUCACAUCUCUGAAGGAGAUCUUUCUAAACAACAACAAUUUAGCCGGUACGAUCGACAACAAGAUUGGAAGCUUGAAAACAAUAAAUGUUUUGCAACUGGAGUUAAAUUCYUUUACAGGGCCUGUGCCAGAAUCGGGGUUGUUCGAAAUGGAGCUAUUAGGUAGGUCUCAGUCAAGCAGUAUCUUCAAUGAUUUGGUUACAGUUUGUCCUUUCAUGUUACUGUUUCUCAUAAAACUUGUCAAUGCUUCCCAUGAAAUACAGCGGGAUUGUCUUUAAGGGGAAACCAGCUUACCGGAUCGCUCGAGUUAUUGUGUAACGCAAGAGACGAGCGUCGGAAUGAAUUUGGAUCCUAUCUUGUGCUGAAUAUGGAAGCUGAUUGUCUCGGAGAUCCCCCAGAAGUUGAAUGUUCAUGCUGCACGUGCCUCUGAUAACAUGGUAUUGUAUUAAAUUAGCUAUUCAUAG